UGGCUGCAAUUCUGCAGUUGGAAAAUCUGACUGGGGCAGCUUCUGAACACAGGCUGGGCCUGCUCACCCUCUGCAGGCCGGCCGAGCGGCCGCCCCCUUCCAGCCUCUCCACGCACGCCUGGAUCGUAGGGGAUUCUCAUCAGCCGCUUUGUGAAGCAGAGGAGAGAUGCCUCAGGAACAGUACACCCACCACCGGGGCACUAUGUCCAGCUCUGAGGGGCCACAGGUAUACAAAGUGGGGAUUUAUGGCUGGCGGAAAAGAUGCCUGUAUUUCUUUGUUCUACUCUUGAUGAUUUUAAUACUGGUGAACUUGGCCAUGACCAUCUGGAUUCUCAAAGUCAUGAACUUCACAAUUGAUGGAAUGGGAAACUUGAGAAUCACAGAAAAAGGUCUAAAGCUAGAAGGAGACUCCGAAUUCUUGCAACCUCUUUACGCCAAAGAAAUCCAGUCCCGACCAGGUAAUGCCCUGUACUUCAAAUCUGCCAGAAAUGUGACAGUGAACAUCCUCAACGAACAGACUAAAGUCCUAACUCAGCUGAUAACAGGGCCAAAAGCUGUAGAAGCUUAUGGCAAAAAGUUCGAGGUAAAGACAGUUUCUGGAAAAUUGCUCUUCUCUGCAGACAACAAUGAAGUGGUAGUAGGAGCUGAGAGACUAAGAGUUUUAGGAGCAGAGGGCACAGUGUUCCCUAAAUCUAUAGAGACACCUAAUGUCAGGGCAGAUCCCUUCAAGGAACUAAGGUUGGAGUCCCCCACCCGGUCUCUGGUGAUGGAGGCCCCAAAAGGAGUAGAAAUAAAUGCAGAAGCUGGCAACAUGGAAGCCACCUGCAGAGCAGAGCUGAGACUGGAGUCCAAAGAUGGAGAGAUUAAGUUAGAUGCUGCGAAAAUCAAACUACCUAGACUGCCUCAUGGAUCCUACACGCCCACAGGAACAAGGCAGAAGGUCUUCGAGAUCUGUGUCUGCGCCAAUGGGAGAUUAUUCCUGUCCCAGGCAGGAACCGGUUCCACUUGUCAGAUAAACACGAGUGUCUGCCUGUGAGAGACGAUGCGUAGUGGACAUUGUCGGCAGCAUCCAGGCCUUUUUCGGCUUUAGACCCUGGCUGCCAGCUAUUUUUACUAGAACACAGAAAGCCUAUCAAAGACCUUUUGUGUGUGUGUGUGUGUGUGUGUGUGUGUGUGAGUGAGUCUGCGUGUGUGGAUGAUAUAAAUAUAUAUAAAUAUAUAUAAAUAAAUAUAUAUAUCCUCUGUAUAAAAUGAGGUUUCAGUACAAAAGGAACCAUGGGUGACCCUGUGAUAUCCACUGUCAUUGCCAUCCCAACCCCACCACAUACAUGAUAAAAAUCAAAACACUAAUUCGGGCCCAAUAUUCCCCAGACCCUGCAGAAUCACACAGUGUAUCGACACUUACUGAAUAUCCGCCUACAUGUGUGAGUAACAGCCUGUCUUUUCCUUUAGUGUCAUUACAAGGCAGUGAUGGCGGGAAUUUGCAAGUCACACCCAAGGGCUGAGACCCUUGUA